AUGCAGAAGAGUGCAUUAUUCCAUUUCUUUUCAGUGAUAUCGGUAGACUGCCUCUGGCAAGAAGGCAGCUGGGAUUUGACGUGGGACAAUUGGUGGCACUACAAGGAAGGCGCAAUUGGAGGUCCAAAUCACUGGGGACGCGCUUCAAUGAUGUUUUCAAAUGAUAUAUGGUCGGCCUGCUCGAAGGGACACAUGCAAUCUCCAAUCAACAUUCGACUCCAAGAUCUAAUAUUUGAUCAUACACUCCGACCUCUGGCUAUUGAAGGCAUUUCCGCUGAGUUGACGUUUGAUGUGGUAAAUGCAGGACAGGACGUGUACUUUCAACCAGAAUCCAACGGAUCCUCUAUUUACUUCACGAAUGGUCCGCUCUCGUAUCGAUAUCGUCUGCAUGGUGGUGUCAUAAAAUUUGGCAGUACAUCUGAUGUUGGCUCAGAACAUCAAAUUGACGGAAAAGCUUUUCCGGGAGAGAUCCAAUUAUACGCUUAUAACUCUGAUCUCUAUCAAAAUUUUUCUCAUGCGGCCAAUCGACCCAAUGGUAUUGCAGCUGUUACCAUUUUUAUGCAAAAAGGCCAAACCACUGCCCCCGAUAUAUCCGCCCUUCUUACCACCAUUUCUGAAGUGCGAUUAAAAGGUGAACACCGACGUCUAUAUGGCAUGAUACUCAAAACAAUGCUUCCUUCAACACAAGAAUUCAUUACAUAUCAGGGUUCACUGAGCUUUCCCGGGUGUCAUGAAACCGUGACGUGGAUACUCCUUAAUGCACCGGUCAUAGUCACUGAAGAAAAUUUAAAGGGCUUGCGAACGUUGCGAAUGUCGGAAUUUAAAACUGCCGGUCUAAUGGCUGAUAAUUACAGACCAAUCCAAAAAUCAAACAAUCGUUUCAUUCGAACAAAUAUUUAUUUCAAUAAGAGCGUUACACGGAAACAUGAGCGAGACCAAGCGUAA